CUGUGUUGAAGGAACACAGACGCCAGAUAUUGUUGUGGUUCUCAUAUGAAACAUAUCUGCUGGAGCCUCUCGAAACCUUUCAAGAACAACCAUCAUUGCCAUCAGGAUGGUUUAGUAAGCAUAUCCUCCAUCAAGUCGGCCUGCAAGAUAGUUGAUCAUUCGCGUGAGUUUGGUGGCCGUGUGGUUUGUCAUUCCGAAAAAUGUCCGGGAUCAUUGGGAAUAUGCAAUCGGAGUGUGUAAGAUCGCGAUCUUACGAAUCCAUUAACACCAAGGUAACUAGAGUCGAUGAUUAAGAAAAACUGUUGCAUAUACAAUUUGUUUUCCUUAAGAAAUUGUUUGAGAGCUCAAUAACAAACUGAGAUGCAGUAAAAACGCGCACUUUACUUUGACUCUAUCGAAGGCAGAUGUUUUUACCCUGUGUGAUCACCUUCAUGUAUAUAGACUUAAAAUUAGGUUUAUUCUCCCGUGUUGGUCCAGUGUUUAUUGUGGUGUAUUAAGAAUUAGAUUUCCAAACAUUUUUAAUUUUCUGUGAAUUCAGUUCUAAGCCUUCCUGUGGAGUUUAUUUCGUAACGUAGUCCAAAAUAAACAUUCAAGUUUUCCGCGAUCACUCGAUCUUCGAAAGUAAUUUAAUAUGCCGGCACGUACGGUGUCUACAUUAUUUAUGUUUUGUUUCAUUUAAGCACAACUUUCUUUUCCCUUCUUUUGUGCAAUGAAUAGAAUACCUAAGUUUAGAUGUACGACUUAAAAUUAGAGUGUGUACAAGCUGAGAUCAAUGUAUGAAAAUUAACUAUAUUUUUAUGUUUGCAUCUGGAUCCAAUUAUAUUACAUCGAGAAACACCAUAAUGUCCUUGAUUUGAAUUCAAGAAUCAAAAACUCUGUGUGUGAGUGGUAUUUCCUUGCAUAGCUUUUAACAUCAAUCAUUCCUUUUUUCCAUAUAAUGAAUAAGCCCAGGGGUUGAAUAUGCCAUUGGCUAAACAUAAUUAAAUUCUCAACGUGUCUAAGUUUAGGUUAGCAAAUUAUGUAUCCAUAUUGGUCGUCAGUAGACAGUUUGGUCACACUGAAUGAGGUCAAAUUUAUGCUUGGGUUAGUGAGCAUGGUUUAUUCCCUUUUUGAUUUGCUUUUAUGCAAACUGCAGUAAACCAUCAGAAUAUCAAACAGCUAAACAAUGCAAUUCCAUUGUCAAAACACACUCUCUUUAAAGUAAACUAUCUCAUUUGCAUUUCCUUUUCACAAACUUGAUCGCUAGCAUCAUAUUAAGCAGUUCUGUCUUACAAGAUUGAAGACCUUCCAAAAAAUUUUUGCCAAAAAAAACAUUGUUAUGAUUUUCCUCUAAUAUGUGGAUAUUCUAGAAAGAAAAAUUUGUUCUAGUCCCCUCAUUUUGCACUUCAGGUGACAAUUUAUUAAUUACAGGACUCACAUCCAAUGAUAAUUGAUUCUUUAGGUCUUUUAGAAGAUGGCUCCCAACAGUUCAAUUAAAAUUGUGACACAUUUUUCCUAUAGGCACGAAUGGAAACCACAUUUGGAACAUCUGCUUUUUCUCCUGUGACAACUAUAACAAGAGGUAAUGUUCCAUGAUCAAAAAUGAUGAAAAUAAUAAAAAGAAAAUGUUGGUGUGAGUGUCUUUGCUCUGCCUUCAGCUUCUUGAGCAGAAAAGGAAAUUUUUCAAAUACCACAGGAAUUGGGGAUCAAAAGUGGAUCACCUCAAUUAUGAAUUAUCUCUUAUUUAUCAACUUAGAGCUUUUUGGAAAAUUCUUGUUUGAUAAAACUAACUAUUUCUAUAACACUAUGUCCCAGAAAAGGUAGUUGAGAUAAUCUUAAAAAUUCCCUAAGGAUCAGUCAGUGGCUUCAUGUAUAAUCAUUUUCUUUUGUUGUAAGGAAGAAUUGAAUGAAAAAAAAAUUCUGUAGCUAUGAUUGAGUAAUGGCUACAACAGCAUUAAAAGAGAAACAGGAAAAAGUCUUCCUUAUGUGUACUCUUAGACGUGAAGGCUUCUCUAAUUUUUAUUACUUACAAUCAAAACUGUUUUUCAUAAUGCAAAAUACUACAGUGUAAGUGUUGAAGAGUGUUUUUAUUUUCAACAUAUCUUUGAAUCAGCUUUUCCCUUUAUUGAUCUUUAUAUAUUGUCAGUGGAACAAUUCUAUCUUGAGUUUGUUUUGUUUUACUUUUACUUCCAAUGCCAUAAAACUGGUGAUGUCAUCAAGCACAACAAACUCUAACAAAACUGAAACAUUGAAUCAAGCUUAAAAUUGUACCACUGACAAUUUAUCCUUACCAUGGUGUCUGUCCUCUUCAAAUUUUUACCUUCUUACCCUUGCAUCCCAAGGAUCUGGAAGUUAACUCACUCAAUUUGUGCAAUACAUUUUUCCUGCCAUUCUUUAGCUUGUUCUGAGAAUAUGGUGUUGUUAUCCAGUAUUGAUGAGAAAAUAUUUCCUUCAUGUAUCUUAACUUGUGGUGUAACAGUGUUUUAAAAAGGUUGGGAAAGUUUCACAAAGUAAAAGGGCUAAACUAUAAAUGAAUUUAUUUUCGUAAACUGAGCAAAUGAAUGACAUUUUUGUUAUUUAUUUAGUUGAAAAUGAACAUGAUGGUAGCUUCAACAGGAAUUCUGCUAGUAUGACAUGUGUAGCCUCAAGUAACAGCACAAGUUUAGGACGAGAUGGAGACAUUAAUGGUGUGGUUGGCUCAGAUCAGGUACUAUUCAUAAAUAUUCAGUUUCAGGCCUUUGUGGCCUGAUGGAUAGUCUACCACUGGGGACAAAUAUUGUUGGAGCCCUACUCUGGGUUCCUUAAGAAUUUCCACCUAACUGUAGCAGUAUGUUAAUCACAGAUUUCUUGUUUUUAGGGAAGUUUUGAUGCCGUCUGCUUCAAACGCCAUCACAGGACAUCCUCAACUAUAUCUGCUCGUUCCCAUCAUUCCAUUUCAAGUUGUACAGAAGAUGACGAAGAGGUUUGUUUCUUACUUUUCCAUUGCAGUAUGUAAAAUGGUGGAAAAUAGUAUUACUGAAUAAUUUGAGUGAUAACAAUAAUUGUUUAUAAACAAGAAUUCUGAUUCAAUUUCAAGCAGAACCAAAAAAAACUGAGGAGUUUUGUGUUUACAGUAUUGCAUUUAAGUGUAUGGAACUAUGGAAAAUCAUAUUUAGGCAAUGAUGUGGAUGUGGAUGAUGGAAAAGUACCAAUUUCUUUUGAAUCAGAUUCACCACAGUAUUAGUAACUUAAUUUGCUAUAAGUACACUGUACUAUUUUCUGUAUGUUAUAGGCAGUCGUUUUGUUUGUGGAGGAGCCAUCAUCAAAACUGUUCUGUAUCCUGUGCCAACGUGUAUUUAAAGAUCCUGUCAUUACUUCAUGUGGGGUAAGAUCAGGCUAUAUUCAAAGGUUUAACCAUGUUUUUUUUAUUUCUUGCAUCCCCAAGAUCCAUUCUUCAGUUCUCCACACUGUGUACUAUACAUACUAAUUUCUUUUCAAAGAUCUACAGUCUAAAUAAGUCAGACAGUGUCCCCAUGUUUGUAAUUUUUCCUCUUCUCAUAACAUUUGUGCUGAAAAAUGUAUUGAUUAAGUAAGGAGAAUUGACAUUUUUGGUCACUCCUGGGAGAAGAAGGGUUAAGUAAUGAUUAGGGUGUAUAAUCCUUGUAUAAAGAAGAAUCGAUAAGGUUUGUGUCUAUGUGACUUUAACACUGUUAUGAUGUUCGCCUGCAGAGUAGGCAUUAUUUUGGGUAGAGAAUGCUGACUAUUCUUUGCAUAAAUAUAUGGCAGCUGUCUUAGAUUUUUACUGUUGUGAAACCCUAUUUUCAAACGAAGUUUUCACGAAACUGUGAGGGACUACCUUACACCAUUAACAUAAACUGCUUUUGCUAGAAGUGUGAUGUUAAUGUAGUUUAUUAAGUGAUACAGACAGGUACUUUUUUUAAUAUUUGUAUCUUGAAAUCAAAGAUGUUGAUGUUAGUGUGGUUACGAUUUUAAGGGGAAUGGACACAAAUCAAUUCAGCUCUGUACAAGUCAAGGAUGUUUGAAUUAAUUCAGGAAUAAUGUACAUCUUUGUGAGAUAAAAUAUCUUAAAGUUCAUUCUUAUCACAAGCCCAUGAACUAAUUUACAUAAUGAACAUAGGCUGGUUGUCAAAUUUACAGUUCAAGCUUCACAAGAAUCAUAGCUCAAUAAUGUAUCAGAAUAAAAUAUUUUGGUUGUCAAGGUUAUUGAUUUAGAGGUUUCUUUUAAGUUGUAUCUUUAUUGUGUCCUUUUCUUUUUUUCAGCACACAUUUUGUCGAACUUGCGUUCUUUCACGAUCAUGUGAAAAAUGCCCUGUUGAUGACAACAAACUUUCAAUAGUAGUCGUCAACCUUGCAGUGAGUAUAAAAGAUAAAAUAUUUGUGAUAUUUAAGUAUAGAACUAUUAUCAGUGAUAUUUUCGUGAGGAAGAGAACAUGCAUACUGUAUAUCAAAUGAAAAUUUUGAUUAUUAUCAUCACUUAUAUCACCAGAGAAUAUUUUGUUUAAAUUUUUUUAUUUAUUUUACCACUUUAUUAAAUUAUUAACCCUUUACACCAUAACAUCAGUAUGUAUAUUCACCAUACUGUUCUCUAUAAAUUUCCUAAUACGCUGACAAGGAGAAUUUGUUCAACAAGCAAGAGCUUCUUUUGUUGGUGAUCACUUCCUUUAUUCUUGUGACUGUAAUGUUUGACUCAGGGGAGAUAUUGUGAGGAGAAAUGAGAUAUUAGUCACUCCAAGGGUUCAAACGGUUAAUGUGAAACCAACAUGUUCUCAGUGUUUCGAAACAACAUGUAUCCCUAUAUUGGAAAUAUUUGCUCAUAAACAAGUUAGUAAUCUCUUCAGGACCCUCAGUUUCAGACUCUUUUAGAAAGAAGUAUUCCCUUUCUUCAGUAAAGCCACUAUGCAGCUAUUAUUCAAUACUUUUGUCACCACUUUUUAGUACUUAUAAUGUGGUACUGUUUUUCUCAUUGUGUAUUGAGAAUUCAUCGACUGAUGUUUGAUUUCUAAAAUUAUAUUUCAGGUGUCAGAACAGAUUGGUGAACUAUACAUCCAUUGUAAAUAUGGCUGUAAACUAAGUUCCACAGGAUCCCUGACUGAUUAUGAAGUGAAUCCAAGUGGGUGCCCUGUGACUUUCAAGCUCUCCAAUAGGCAGUAAGUCAUGGUUGUGUUAUGAUAAACAAAGUUGUAGUAGCAAGGAAGAAGUAAAUAGUUUAUUCGUGAUGGUAAGGCAUGAGGAACUCUUUUCCUACUUGCACAGCUUUUUCUUUAACCCUUUACACCAUAACAUCAGUAUGCAUAUUCUCCAUACUGUUCUCUAUACAUUUCCUACUGUAUUGGCAAGGAGAAUUUGUUUAACCCUUUUAAACUCCCAAGAUCUGAUUGUUAAUUCUCCCCUGUAGCUGCUACACAUUUCCUUGUAAAUUAGGUAUGAGAACUUGGUGCUAAAUCAAGAUAGCAGCUUCUCUAUGAUAAGUUUGAAUAUUCUCAUUACUUGUUUGCUGAAGAAUGUAUGGAUAUUGUAGGGAGAAGUUUUAUGUUAAUCACUUCUGGGAGUUAAAGGGUUAACAAUUAAGAGGUUCUUCAGUUGAUUAUCAUUUCCUUUAUUCCCAUGACCUUAUUGUUUGAUUCAGGGGUGAUAUUGAAAGGAGAGAUAAGAUGCAAUCACUUUCAAGGAUUUGAGUGUUAACACAAUAAAAAUGAUGCUGAAUACAUUUUGUGUUGCAGUGAGCAUGAGAGAAAUUGUCAGUAUGCUCCCACUCAGUGUCCAAACAGUUUGCAUUGUCCUACUCUACUAAAGAUGGUAAGUGACAAAAACCUGAAAAUAAAGUGAAUCAGAUAAUUCUAUAUUUUACACUUGGGGACGGGUGUUAAUAAUUUUUUCUGUAUGUGGCUGCCAAAGGUGGGAUAGCCAGCUGUGCCAUAAGGCCAAACACCAAUGCAAGGCCUGAACUCAGGCUUAACAGACAAUGAUUAGAAGUCUUACAGGCAGCAAUUGACUGCUGGUAACUGGCAUUUAUUUUGUUUGAAGGGGCUUAAAUUUCAUAAAUGACUUUCCCAGCCUGGUACAUUAAAUCACUUGCAUAAGGGUAUUGUGCUACUUAGUUUUUGAAUGAAAACCACUGAAUGGUGCCAUUUUUUGAACUUUCAUCAGGAUCUUGAGGAUCAUUUACAAGUCUGUGAACACAUGAAAUGUCCACACCAAAAAUAUGGGUAAAUAAUAUCAUAUUAACCAAUAUGCUAUGCAAUCCACAAUGUGUAAUAUUCAAAUGGUGCACAAGUAGACAAGUGAUGAGAAUAAAGAUAAAUAGCCAUUAGGUGAAUAUUAGUUGAUCCAAUACCAAAUUCUCAGAACUAAAAUCACAAGAAUUGUAUAGCAGACAGUAAGGAGAAUUAUUAGAUAAAUGAGAUCCUUUGAGAGGGUUUUUUAGCUUUAGUUUAUAUUUAAGUUUCCCUUCAAUUUAGCAAUUUGAGAUAUUUUCUUUUUAAUUUUAGUCUAAUUAUUUUCAACCACCUGUUUUUAGCUGCCACAUGGAAGGCAAUCACAAAGAAGUCAGACUUCAUCUUGAGACGUGCAAGUUUGAAGCUGUCAAGGUACUGACUCAAUUUUUUUGUGGUGCACCAUGGGUUUUAGUUUUUGAAAACCUUUGUAUGGUGAAUGGCAUUUUUUUAUUUUUAACAAUUAUGUCAGGAAUUCCUGCAACAUACCGACAAGAGAAUGGAAGAACUUAAAACAAUGUUGAAAGAUAAAGACCAGGUAUAAUGAAAUUUGAUUUAUUGUCACUUGUAUUUCUUGCUUAAUUUUUUAGACUUUCUAGUUUAGUGAAUUGUUUUUCAUAUUAUUUUAACAUUAUGGUCAAUGACAACACAUCUGAAACAAAGGCAAAUAUGAAUAGGACUUUUUCAUUUCAGAUCUUUUUAAAGUAAAAUUAUCGUAAAUUUAGCAUGUACUUCAUGUUCAUUCAGGUCUCACACAAGCAAUAUCUGUGCUUUGGGUGACCAUUAAAUUAUUUCUAUUUGGUGUAAUUUUUUUCAGGAAAUUGUUUUUCUGAAGGCAAUGAUACUGAAGCUGACAGAGCGAGUUGACAGGAUGGAAAAAACUGUUGACAUCAGAAUAGGUACAUGAAAAAUCCUAGCUUUGUGUUUAGGUUGAAGAGAUGAUGUUGUUUAAUUUAUCCUUGUGGUGUUGUUACUGUUAUUACUCCAGAUCUUCUAGAUGAGAGCCAAACAAAGUUGUCGUCAGACCUACUGGAUUCAAGACAAAGUGUUUCCCAGAUACAGGUACAUACAUGUAGAUGAUGGCUGGUGAAAGUUAUGCCACUAUUUUGUCCUUUAUCUUUAUUGUCAAUUGCUAGAAUUUAUUGUACUUAUGAUAUAUUUUAACCAUGUGCAAAUAAGGAUCACUACUGACAUAAUAAAAGUUUUCUUUGGUUUCUCUAUUUUGAUGAAUUGUUUUUCUUAUUAUUAUUGUAAAAUACAGACUGAUUUGGCCAACGUAGAGGCAAGGCUCUGGGGUGUGGGAAGUAAGUAGUCAUGUCUGGUUUGUUGAAAUAAACUUUAGACUGAAGGUCUCUUUUUGAUAGACUUUUAUUUUUUUUCCAGGAACUUGAAAAGGAUAAUACCAAGAUUACUGAUUUAGAUGUAUUUGUUUUCUUUCAGCAUUUGAUAUCCAACCAUUGUUUAAGUGUAAAGGAACUUUUGUUGGCCAUCAGGUAAAGCUUGCAUGCUCUUGAAAACUUUCCUUAGAGUGGAAUGUGUUAGAAAUCUAAGCUACUAGGAACUGAGGUGUGAAGCAGUAUAUUGCAAGUGACACAACUAUUGGUGGAUUUUUAACCCACUUUUCCCCCCUCCCCCCCUCACCCCCUGCCCCUCCCACCAGAACCAGUUCAUGAAAAAAUCAUUCAACGAAAUUAGUUAUUUUUUAAUGAACUGGUUCUCACAGGUAACAAGAGAACUGCAAACUGGGAUUUUGGGGAUGGUGAAGGUUAUUGGGUCCUUUCUUCGUUCCUUAUAAGGGGGUUUGGUCAUAAAAUGAUAAUUUACCAACAUGAUCAUAUUUUAAACUGUGAAUGAAGCUUUCACUGUGAGCACUUUGUAUUCUUUUUCAGGGUCCUGUUUGGACUUUAUGUACACAUGGUGAAUGGCUCUUUAGUGGGUCAUCUGACAAGACAAUUAAGGUAAGGUACAGAUCAUCAAGGAGAUGAAGAUUUAAUAAAGAGAUUCACGACAUGUUAUAAACAAAACAUUGUAUGGCUGUAGUCUCUGUUAAUAGUGGAAAUACUGCUCUAAGGAGCACUUAGUUAUGCCAAAAUACUCCAAAAUUUUUGUUUCAUUUGGCAAAAUGAUGACCUGCUUUCUACAUUUUCUAGCAAAUUUCUAAAUUUUGUACAAAGUGAGAUUAUAACAUGAGUUUCGUCUGCUUAGCUGCGAAGCACAUGUGGAUGUGGAGAAGGCCUCUUUUUUUUUUCGACCAGAGUAAAGCUAGACCCAGCUAAGGUCGUGUGUGAUAGCCACAUGUGGGAUUCAUACCCGUUAUUCUGAAAGUGUUCAAAACGUUAUUUAUGUAUCCUGCAUCAUGAAAAAUAUCAAAUUCUAACUCGAGAAACUUCCUUUGUUUUGGCUUUAACCUCUAAAAAUAACAAUUUCUCACGUCAGUUAAAACCUGAUUAAAGUGUUUUAGAUUUAUCUUUUCCUCUGAGGGAGUUUCUUGUUCUUGUUUUUUUAAGGUGUGGGACACUUUAACUACAUACAAAUGUGUGAAGACCCUUGAAGGACACAGCGGCAUUGUCCUGGCCUUGUGUACUCACGAGUAGGUUGCAGCAAGAAAUUUACUGAGGAUUUUAAAAAACAAUUUUGCUCCUAUCUCCUUUAUCUACAAUAUUUUAGCGCAAAGUUUUUGUACUUUCUAUCGGUCACAUCUUUCUUUCUGAUGUGGUGGGUGUUUCUCGUGUAUUUGAUUGCCUUGGCAAUUUAAACACUCACGAUUUUCAUAGGCAACAUACCCUCCUUUCAUUUAAAUGAAUUCUUUUUCUUCCACAGCUUUUUAUCGUCUCCUUCUUACUCAAUAUUGAUACCAUUGAAAUCUUAAUUUAUUUUAUCCGCUUUUUUCCGCCGUGCAAGUUUGAGAAUUUUUACUGCAAUAAUCCAUCCUCACACAACCUCAACAACUCACAUUGUUUUUUUCUUUCUGUUCUUAAUAGGAAGAAGUUGUACAGUGGGUCAGCCGACUGUACCAUUAAUGUAAGAUUUCUUGUUAGCCAUUAAGUUUUUAAAUUGAAAAAAUUCGUCUGAUUCGAGCUGUUUGUUGACCUUACUGUUUUGUUGUUAGGUUUGGUGCCUGGAGGAGCUUGAACUGCUUGAUUCAAUUCGUGGUCACGAAAAUCCGGUUUGUACUCUGGUGACAAAGAGGAAGAUGUUAUUCAGUGGAUCCCUCAAGAAAAUCAAGGUAUUUACAGUCAGCUUGAACAAUCGUUCUUUGAGCGGUGGGAUAAAAAGAAAAUAAGACUCAAGGUUUUUCAAGUUUACACGUUUUUUUUCCCCGAAGGUGUGGAACCUGCAGACCAUGGAACUCAUUCAAGAACUUACGGGUCUCAAUCACUGGGUGCGCGCGUUAGUAGCCUCAGAAAGGCACCUCUUCAGUGGCUCCUAUCAGACUAUCAAGGUACCCUAUGAGGAUUUAGUUUGCCCAGUAACAACUCGACAAAUAUAAUAAUCUGUGAAAAUAAAUUUCUUCUCGUUUUGGAUGUAAUGUUCCUUUUUUUUAAGCAGUAGCAAGAAAAUCUGACAGUUAAAGCUUAUCUUGAAUUUGAUUUAUUAUCGCUUGUGGAUAGACGCUGAUUUCUGGGGACGUUAUUUUUAGGAUGGCUUUAGAAUGAGAGCUGAAGGUCGAGGGACUUAUUACUUUAAUAGCUGCCGAGGCAGAGCCUCAAACCAACUGAUGCAGCUUGUUUGGGUUGAUUCCAUGCACCUCCCGAUGCAAGCCUAAAUUUCAAGCUGACUCUGUGUCUGGUUUCUCUUUCAGUUGUGGGAUCUGGACUCGUUGGAAUGUGUGCGAGUCCUUCAGACUUCAGGAGGCAGUGUGUAUUCCCUAGCAGUCACUAAGGAGUACAUCGUAUGUGGAACAUAUGAGAACCAGAUACAGGUAAGAUGCAGUUCAACCAGUCAUGCUAAAUCGCGUGAGUUUGCUGCUCUUUUUAUCGGACAACUGGCCAUGUCCAGGCCAGUUGUCCUCUUAAUUUAGGGCUCAAAGUUCAAUUUUUCAAAAAGUCGCCUUUUGGCGACCUUCAAUUGUAAAAUGGUCGCCAUUAAAAAAAAAAAAAAAAUUGGUCCUUUCCUUGCGAGCCCUGUUGUCAUUUAUUUGUAGUCAUGAUCAUGGUGCUGAUUAUAAUUUUGUUGAUUCAGGUUUACGAUGUCAACACUCACAAACACUUGGAAACUUUGAACGGUGGGUGAACGAUUCAUUUUUAGUGUUUUGUGAUCUUUAAAAUUGUCGCUGUCUAGAUUUGGGGGCGGAAAAUAUUCGACGAAUACCUCUCUGUCUUAUCAAGUUAUUUUAAUGCCAAGAGCCGUUCAUUCCACUAAUAAUUUCGUGAUUUCAGCUCAAAAGUCUGCCGAGUACACAGGCGUUCACUAUGACGUAUCAAAAUGCUAAAUUAGAAUUACAAUAAGGGGUCGAACAUGUGCCUCUUUACCGCACUGUGAAAAAAUAUCUCUUCUCUUCCGUUCGCAUGUUAGAAAGAAAUUUGAAAAUAUCAUUUCCUAUUGCGCCGCGCUAUUUGCUUUGAGUGAGCUAGUUCUUUUCACUCCUUCAUCCUUUCGCCAAACUCUCGCAAAGUUAACUGGUCGGUUGUACUCCGCUCUCGCUCAAAUUCUCCAAUUCCUUUUAUUAACCACUAAGUGUUACGUGUGUUUAAUAAGCUAUAAUCCCAAUCACGUAAAUUCGAGAAACGUUUGCGUUUAGCUGUAUGACUGCUCUAGCCCACUAUUCGUAUUAUGACAACAUAACUUACGAGUAAUCCCUAAUUGGUCUCCCUGAUAAAAGAAGAUCGGGACCGUACAGUCCGCAAAAUUAAUUUGAACGGAAAAACGAUUGAACGUUGCGAUAAAUUAACCCAGGGAGGUCGAGAAGCUUUUGGAGCUAUCGACGUUCAAAUUAUCUUCCCUUGGUAGGGCGCUUGUUUUCUUGUAUGUCACGAAAAGUUGAAGAAUUCAUUAAUAAAUGAAAUUCAUGCACCUUUCCAUGAUUAUAUAAUAAGCAUUGUGCGAUUUUUUUUUUCGUUUCGUAAUAAUGCUUUUCGAAUUCGGCAUGCCGAGGAAGGCGUCUCAGUAUCGGCUUCAAACGUAAAUCUUAAGUCGAAGAGGCGUAUCACGGAAUCUUGUUAUUUUAAUAUUUAAAUGAGUGGAGGAUUUUUAUAACCUACGCUGGAUUAGCGACAGUGUACUUGCAAUUUUUAUUUGUGAUUUGUGCGAGAAAAAUGGGUCUUGAAGAUUCCUUUUACCAAAGCAUUCUCUCUGGUGUGUGUGUGUUAUGUGCUUUGAUGAAAGGGUCUUUCCUGAUACUCGCCCUGGCUAUUUUCGCGUGAUUCCCUGCCUUUCCUUUUAACUAUCGAACUCUGACAUAAACGAAUCGUUUUGUCGACCACUACAAAUGAAAUUUGCGUUAUUAAUGUUCAGUUAACGUAACCAAACCAUAAACAACUUUUAGGCAGCGAUCAUGAUAAAACUUUUAACUUACGUUCGCAGUGUAAAAGAAUUAAAAACAUUUUACCAAGCAGAGAGUGGAAUUACAUUGAAUGAAGUUAUUUUGCGAGAAGUCACCAGUCGUUGAGUAUUUUGCAACAACAUUUAUUUAAUUUCGGACCGACCCUUUUUUUCAUCAUACAUUUGAGAUUUGCUCAGCUUUUAUGAAAACAGUGUUGAAAUGAUUAAAUCGCCUCACAUAACUUAAGAAUAACCCCGUCUAUCUUUGACGGGGAAAAUAUUUUAACGAAUUCUCUUCACUGUAGUUGUCUUUAAAAUAAGAGAAUUGAAAUUACGAUCAAAGAAAAUUAUGCCGCAAUGUUUGAGUAUUUACGGCUACUCAAUCUUGUUUAUCUGUUUUCUCCUUUUGACCGUCGUUCUUUUUCAUUCUAUCGAACAAUAUUUCAUAAAAAUCCAGUGGCUUGAAAAUGUCGAGCACCAGCGAGUGAAGUUCAUCCUGUGACAACUUCUUGGCAUUUUCAGUCAGCGCCUUGCUGUUCCUCUUGAUAAAGUAAUCAUCGACCUCAUCAGAGGGCACUACACUAUGCGACGAGCUUCGUUUCCUUCCGUUCGGAACUAUCCAACUGUUUAUUUCUUCGUUCUGUUCAACCGAUAGAGUUGGUUCGCUCGACUGUCGCCUGCCAAGUCUUUGCAUUUCUACUUGUGCGUAUGUCUCCGGAGAGCAUGUACUGCUUGCGCGGGGUCGUUGCUUUUUAAACACUGGAGUGUCCAAUGUAUCUGUCAAUGUUUCGUCUGAGUUCCAAUCGGCCAUAUCGCGUCUUCUUCUCUCUCUUUUCCACUGACCUAAUUCUAUCACAGAGCAGUGUCAAGAUGAAAUGAUGACCGUUAUGUUUUGCGCUGCGAUUUCUAUGUUUGUGGAGUGUCACGUGGUCUCCUCUUAGGUUACACCAGCUCACCAAUCAGCGUUUAUUAGAAUCGUUUUAUCAAGUGAAGGGAGUGUCUUGCUUCUCAAACUAGGAGAGGACAAUUGACGUUCUCUAUGCUACGUGCUCAACGUCAGGGAAUGCAUAACCGGAAAAAAACCAAAUCAAAACAGAAAGAAACUGAAAAAAGGCAGAAACGACAAAAAACAGGGGUAUUAUUGAACAAAGCAGUGAAGGAGUUGUAAAAAUGUUGUUCUAUUUUAUUACUAUUGUUUUCUUUAUCGGCGAACACUUACAGCAUUUUUUCGUCACGUAGGUCACCCAGAACGAUUCUCGCGUAUGUAAUAUUUCAGGUGGACAGUGUGCAACUGCGAUCAUGGAAUCUGUGAAUAACAAGGAAUACGUCUUCUUUUGCUCGGCCUGAAGUUAAAGAGAUAGAGAAAAUGAUGAUCUUAUGCACAAUGAUACAAAAAUAAACUAGAAAAGAAAAUCUCCGAGUAAAUGGCACCACUAAGUUCUUUUUAUUUCUUUUUUUUCAUUUGCAGGUCAUGUUGGCACAGUGUACGGCCUAGCCGUGUUGAGUGCUCCAGGACAAACGCGUUUGUUCAGUGCUUCUUACGACAGAUCGCUUAGGGUAAUUUGAUUAUUAUUUCUUUCUUUGAAUUGGUAAAUCCUAACAUCUCUCUCAUGUCGUCUACUUCAUCGGUAGACGCUUUCUAUGAUGUUGCUUACGAAAUAUCCCAUGCGAGAUGUUGGGAGAACUCGACAAUGAUUAAUAAUCACUAGCUUAAGGCAAUAAUUUUUGAAGAUUUUUAAAGCUUUACUGGUGUUAAAAUAAAGUAUAGCUUUAUCGCCAAUCAGAACGUAUGUAGCAUCGCUUUGUGGUAUCUAUUUCACAACUCCCUCCAAACCAUCGCACGAUGUAGUGUUGGUUUGUUCAAGGUGUAGAUAAAAAUGUCCAACUCCAUACUGUUAUUUCAGUUUUGGCACACAUAGGUUGGAUUAACUGAAAAGUUUCAGUAGUUAUUGUAAGGAUCGUUCCCCUUCUUGUAAAGGGAGUCAUUUUCUUCACUACAGAUUUUUUAUUAUGAUCAUCAUUCUGGAGAGGAGUAUAUUCUCAAAAGAGGUUGAAACUAAUACUGAAUACAAUUACGCUUUUUAGAGACGCGUUUGGAAGAGUUUAGUGUAAAAUAUACUUUAAAGGGAACUUCAUAUACACUGAUACCAAAAUUGAAGAUGAUUUUCACAUAAUUUUUCUGGUAAUUUCCUUUUUAGGUCUGGAAUUUGGAGAGCUUUACUUGUGUCCAGACUCUUCUCCGCCACCAAGGAAGCGUGGCUGCUCUGGCUGUAACAAAAGGAAGAAUAUUUUCCGGCGCAGUAGACAGUACUGUAAAGGUUGGUCAUAUUUAA